AUGGUUCAAUACAGUCAGUUGAUGUUUUUGCUGACAGCUCUAACCACCAUCCACGUGUCCACCACUUCAUCCGCCACCCCACCGCCGCUCUCACCCACGGCAAGAGAGUUUCUGGAAACUCACAACCAAGCAAGAUCAUCCGUCGGCGUAGCGCCACUCACAUGGAGCGAGCAGCUCUCCAACAUUACGAACAAGCUCGUCCGCUAUCAAAGAGACAAAAUGGCAUGUCAGUUUGCCAACUUAACCGCAGGAAAAUACGGCGCCAACCAGCUUAUGUCACUUGGCGCGACGGUGACGCCACGCAUGGUGGUUGAAGAGUGGGUGAAAGAGAAACAGUUUUAUAACCAUAGUGAUAACUCGUGUGUUGUGAAUCAUAGGUGUGGUGUUUAUACGCAAGUUGUUUGGAGGAAAUCGCUUGAACUUGGGUGUGCUCAAGCUGUGUGUGGGAAAGAUGGAAGUGGAACCAGUUUGAGUAUUUGUUUCUAUUUUCCACCUGGGAAUUAUGUUGGAGAGAGUCCUUAUUGA